UUUUCCUGCGUCACAUGGUGACUCAAUUUUCUGCCCAUUAACGGUGCCACGCGCUUUAUUUAAGUGCCGUUGCUACGACGCGCUGCGCUUCCUCCACCACCCCGUGUCCUUCCGCUCCCCCGUCCCGCCACACCGCCAACAUACUUACUCGCAAGCUGUGGCGGACCACCAUCUACCAAUCGUCAACCCGUGUCUUUGAGAGACUCGCCCACCAUGGCUUCUUCAAGCAGGGUCAUAUCCAUCCAGCAGCAGGUGCUAAAGCUCUUCUCCCGGAGGGCUUUUGCCCUGUCGCUUCCCGUUGCCGCUGGCUCCAUUGUUUUGUUCCUCCAAUGGAGAAAGAGGAGGUCGUUGAGGGGAAAGGGAAAGCCCAAGCACCCAAGAUCCAAGGAAAUCGAAGCGAAGGAGCAGCAGCCAUCCACCGUGGAGCCUGAGAAGCCCGUUGCUGCUGCAGAACCCACCGAAACGGCUCCCGUCGAGUCUUCUGAGCCUGUCGUGGAGACUCCACCGUCGCCAGUUGUCGUACACAUGGAGGUGGCCCCCGCGGAACCAGCGGUAGAGGUUCCUGGUGAAAUCGUCAUCGACGCGCCUGCCCAAGAUCCUCUGGAAAUCUCUGCCAAAUUCCCCGUGAUAGCCUCCACCGAAGUCGACGUCGAAACCGCCGUCGAGCCCGCCGUCGAACCAACCGCGGACGUUGCAGAGCAGGUUGCUUCCGAUUCCGCAGAAAUUCCCGCCGAAGUUUCGGCCGAAACCCCCGCCGCCGGCACCGUCGAAGUUCCCACCGCACCCGCUUCAGAACUUCCGACCGAGGAGGCGCUGGAGCCGCCAGUGACGUUCACCCAGCCUCCCAGCUAUCGGGAUCAUAUCGCUACUGUUCCCCAAUCUCGCCGUGUCCCGCCGACGCACAUCCGGCCAAAUGUGGAUUUCACGCAGCCGCUCAGGCCGAUUCACAACCGCAAACGGUCUAGGGAGGACAGCCUAACGUCGCCUGUCGUCGAGCGCCUGCCCGGAAUGGGCAUUCCGAACAAGAAGCGUGACGUCGAGAGCUCAUCCCCGGCCUCCACGCCGGCGCCCGAAGUUGAGGUUGAAGUUGCGACAGCGCCCCUGUCGCACCUCCCCGGCAUGGGCAUGCCCAACAGCGUGCCACGCGCCGCAGCCGCCGCGCCGUCGCGCAUCCCGGCCCCCUCGUCCAUCCCCACGAGCAGCAGCAACACCACCACGGCCGCCCCCUCGCAGCCCCGCACCUCGAUCCCCGUCCCCGCGUCGGCAGCGCCGGUCUCGGUCACGGUGACGGCGCCCGCCCCGGCGCAGCCCAAGCUCACGCGCGUGGAGCGUCCUCGCCUCGGCCGCGGCCGCUCCGUCGAAAAGGUGCAGUCGUACGCGGGGCUGUCGAACCUGCCCGGCGCAGGCGCAGGGCCGCGCGAAGGGCCCCCCCGCGGCCUCGCGCCGCUGCAGACGAUCCCGGACCACGCGCCGCUGCCGCCGCCGAGCCCACGGGCGACGGACCGGCCGCGUCCGACCCGCGGUCGCUUCAGCGAGGACAGCUACCGCACGCGCUCGUCGAUCCCGCAGCCCGCUUCGGCGACUGCUGGAGGUGCGGCCGCGCAGGGCCAAACCGGCUCGCCGUACGUCUCGUCUCCGCUGGCGCACCUGCCCGGCAUGGGCCGCCCGAACAGCGUCUCUGAUGCGCCGGAGGAGCGGGCCGAGGUCAAGACCCCGACGAGCAGGAUUGCGGGCCCUAGGCGCAGGAGCUCGGCCGCUGCUCACGGUGCUACCCCGGCGCGCAAGGGCAGUGUUUCCGGCGAAGACAUAUUCACUUCGCCGUCGACGAGCCCGGACAGCAAGCGCUUUGUUGAGAAGCUGAGGGGGUCGAACUAGGUGGCUGGUGUGCUAGCUGGUUAGCUGGUUAGCUGGCUGACUGGGUGGUUGCAUGGCCGAGGCGUUUAGGGCUGCGCUGCACUUGCUUGCUUGCUUUUAUGAUGACGAACACGAGGUACGAUGACAGGAAAAGACGGGCGC